UUCACAUGUGUCUCCUUGUCUCCUCCCCUUCCCUCGCGCCCUGCAGAUGACUUCCUGUAGCAGACAAGUGGUAGUGGAGUAGGAAAGGAAACGAGCAGGGGGAAGGAGACAAACGGAACGCGGCCGCAGUCGAGGCUCUGUAUCUCUCUCACACCACCACUGUUUGUCAUUUUCCCAUCGAUAGUCUGUCUCCGUUAUUAAUUUUCUCCCGGAUAAGCAAAAGUCCGUGCAAUAUUCGUUGGAAACGGCUAAAAUACCGUUGAAAAGAAGCAACAAACAUGAGCGUCGAGGCGUACGGGCCGAGCUCGCAGACUCUAACGUUCCUGGACACCGAAGAAGCCGAGCUGCUGGGAGCGGACACCCAGGGCUCCGAGUACGACUUCACCGAUUUUACCCUGCCGAGCCAGACCCAGACCCAAGGCCAGACCCAGAGUCAGCUCGACAGCCAGGUUAAUGGUCCUGAUGGGGUGCUACAGAAUGGAGACGACCCUGUAGUAAAGGCCAGUCAGUUGCUGGCAGAGCUGAACUUUGAGGAGGAUGAGGAGGACACCUACUAUACCAAGGACCUUCCUGUACAUGCCUGCAGUUAUUGUGGGAUUCAUGAUCCAGCCUGUGUGGUCUACUGCAAUACCAGCAAGAAGUGGUUUUGUAAUGGCCGUGGAAACACAUCCGGCAGCCAUAUUGUAAACCACCUGGUGAGAGCAAAGUCCAAGGAGGUGACACUGCAUAAAGACGGCCCUCUGGGGGAAACAGUGCUGGAGUGCUACAACUGUGGCUGUCGUAAUGUCUUCCUGCUGGGCUUCAUCCCCGCCAAGGCUGACUCAGUAGUGGUGUUGCUGUGCAGGCAGCCAUGUGCCAGCCAGAGCAGCCUGAAAGACAUCAACUGGGACAGCUCACAGUGGCAGCCUCUCAUUCAGGAUCGCUGCUUCCUGUCCUGGCUGGUCAAAAUCCCCUCAGAGCAGGAGCAGCUCAGGGCCCGCCAGAUCACCGCCCAGCAGAUCAACAAGCUGGAGGAGCUCUGGAAGGAAAAUCCAACUGCGACCUUGGAGGACCUGGAGAAGCCUGGUGUGGAUGAGGAGCCCCAACACGUCCUGCUGCGAUAUGAGGAUGCCUAUCAGUACCAGAACAUCUUUGGUCCCCUUGUGAAGCUGGAAGCUGACUAUGAUAAGAAGCUCAAAGAGUCUCAGACUCAAGACAACAUCACGGUCAGAUGGGACUUGGGACUGAAUAAAAAGAGGAUUGCAUAUUUCACUCUCCCCAAGACGGACUCAGAUAUGCGACUGAUGCAGGGAGAUGAAAUUUGCCUGAGGUACAAAGGGGACCUGGCCCCUCCAUGGAAAGGCAUUGGACAUGUCAUCAAAGUCCCUGAUAACUAUGGUGAUGAGAUUGCCAUAGAGCUGAGGAGCAGUGCCGGGGCUCCGGUGGAGAUCCCACACAACUUUCAGGUCGACUUUGUGUGGAAGUCCACUUCCUUUGACAGAAUGCAGAGUGCCCUGAAGACAUUUGCUGUGGACGAGACCUCAGUGUCUGGUUACAUCUACCACAAACUGCUGGGACAUGAGGUUGAAGAUGUGGUCAUCAAGUGUCAGCUGCCCAAACGCUUCACCGCUCAAGGCCUGCCUGAUCUUAACCACUCCCAGGUGUAUGCUGUGAAGACGGUGCUGCAGCGUCCCCUCAGUCUGAUCCAGGGUCCUCCUGGCACAGGGAAGACUGUAACCUCUGCCACCAUUGUCUACCACCUGGCUAGACAGGGCAACGGGCCAGUGUUGGUGUGUGCUCCCAGUAACAUUGCCGUUGACCAGCUGACGGAGAAGAUCCACCAGACAGGACUCAAGGUGGUGAGGCUGUGUGCCAAGAGCAGGGAAGCCAUUGACUCACCUGUGUCCUUCCUGGCUUUGCACAACCAGACCCGGAACAUGGACAGUAUGCCAGAACUUCAGAAGCUCCAGCAGCUGAAGGACGAGACUGGCGAGCUGUCCUCCUCAGAUGAGAAGCGCUACCGAGCUCUGAGGCGCACAGCUGAGAGGGAGCUGCUCAUGAAUGCUGAUGUGAUCUGUUGUACCUGUGUUGGUGCCGGGGAUCCUCGUCUGGCCAAGAUGCAGUUCCGCUCAAUCCUGAUCGACGAGAGCACUCAGGCAACUGAACCAGAGUGCAUGGUGCCUGUCGUCCUGGGGGCCAAGCAGUUGAUUUUGGUGGGUGAUCACUGCCAGCUGGGUCCUGUGGUGAUGUGUAAGAAGGCAGCUAAAGCAGGUCUGUCCCAGUCUCUGUUUGAGCGUCUGGUAGUUCUGGGCAUCCGGCCAAUCCGUCUGCAGGUCCAGUACCGCAUGCACCCAGCCCUCAGCGCCUUCCCCUCCAACAUCUUCUAUGAAGGCUCUCUGCAGAAUGGAGUCACUGCUGCGGACCGUGUGAAGAAAGGCUUUGACUUCCAGUGGCCGCAGCCUGACAAACCGAUGUUCUUUUACGUCACACAAGGCCAAGAGGAAAUUGCCAGCUCUGGAACAUCUUACCUGAACAGGACUGAGGCAGCCAAUGUGGAGAAAAUAACCACAAGGUUGCUGAAAGCUGGAGCGAAACCUGAUCAGAUCGGCAUCAUUACCCCCUACGAGGGACAGAGGUCGUACCUGGUCCAAUACAUGCAGUUCAGUGGCUCCCUCCAUACCAAGCUCUAUCAGGAGGUGGAGAUAGCCAGUGUGGAUGCCUUUCAAGGCAGAGAGAAAGACUUCAUCAUCCUGUCCUGUGUGAGGGCCAAUGAGCACCAAGGCAUCGGCUUCCUUAAUGAUCCCCGACGUCUAAAUGUGGCACUGACCAGGGCUAGGUAUGGUGUGAUCAUUGUGGGAAACCCUAAAGCCCUGUCCAAGCAGCCCCUGUGGAACCACCUGCUGAACUACUACAAGGAGCAGAAGGUCCUGGUUGAAGGCCCCCUCAACAACUUGAGGGAGAGCCUCAUGCAGUUCAGCAAGCCACGCAAAUUGGUCAACACCAUCAAUCCUGGGGGUCGAUUCAUGAGCACUGCCAUGUAUGAUGCCAGGGAGGCCCUCAUUCCUGGAUCUGUUUAUGACCGCAGCAGCAAUGGGCGUAUGUCCAACAUGUAUUUCCAGACUCAUGACCAGAUUGGUAUGAUUGGCACAGGCCCCAGUCCCAUGACCUCCAUGAACAUCCCCAUCCCCUUCAACCUUGUGAUGCCUCCCAUUCCUCCCUCUGGCUACAUGGGACAGGUGAAUGGGCCCUCAGCAGGUCGUGGUGGAGGUAUGAAGGGCAAGGCAGGCAGUGGAGGAGGAGGCGGGACUCGAGGUGGCCGUCAAAGAAACCGUGGCAACAUGGGGAACCAUGGUGGAGGGAACGGAGGAGGGGACCGCGGGCAUGGAGGACAUAUGAGCGGCAGCCAGGCCAGCCAGGACCUGGGCUCUCAGCCCUUCUCCCAAGGGCCUCUGACACAGGGCUAUAUCAACAUGAGUCAGCCGUCACAGAUGAGUCAGCCUGGGCUCUCCCAGCCUGAACUCUCCCAGGACAGUUACCUAGGAGAUGAGUUCAAGUCCCAGAUUGAUGUGGCUUUGUCCCAGGACUCCACCUACCAGGGGGAGCGGGCCUACCAACACGGUGGUGUGACUGGACUGUCCCAGUACUAGACUGUUGCUGAAAAGGAGCUAGGCCUGUGUGAAGCUUAGUUCAUCGGUAUUUUAAUCUGGGUAAUAACAAAAAAGAACAAACAUGGAUACCCGUUUUCCACUGCUACAACCGAAGCACCACUGUGUGAAAGUAACAGGAGAGAGACCGUGAGAAACCAACCAAUCACAAGAGUGAGAGCAAAAAUGGGAGUAGAGCUGGACAGGAAGAGAGCAAGAGAAGAGAGCGGGAGGCUGGUGGAGGAGAGAAGGCACUGCUGCUCACAUGCGAAGACAUGGCGAAGGAGAAAGCUGUCGUCGUCGUCGGAGCAGCGCAGUUGGAGAGGCGAGACCUUGGACAGGUCAACGAGGGUGGAAGGUCCGAAUGAUUCUGGAGUGGGGAGAGGGGAGACUGUGUCAUCUUGUCCCCUCGUGUGCCCCUGAACCCUCUGGGAUCUCCAGGCGGUAUGGUUGGGAAUCUUGCUCCAAAAGCUGAGAAAGAUGGAGAAGAAGAGGUGUCUCACACAGAAGUCCUCCAAGCUAACUCAACAGGACGUCCUCUGUGACUUGGAGAGAGAGAGAGAAAACAAAAGGGGACACAACUCUUGAAGCAGUUGACAUGGCAACUUUUUUAAACUCAAAGCUUGAAUCGAGGCUCUGCAUUUGAUCACAUCUAAGCAUCCAGGAGAGAGGAGUGUAAAGACACUGUUUGGCUGUUCGAGUGAACUCAAAAGUGCUUGUGGUGUUGUGCCUCAAAGAGUUGAAAUGAUAUUUGAGGAUUACACAGCCACGGAUCAUUCACUUUUCUUUCUCAGCUUUGAGUUGGAAAGUUUUCUAAAUAAAGGCUGUUUUCAUUGAGGUUUUCAGUGAUGUUUGCUAGUGUAGUGGGCUGUCUUUAAAGGCAGGUCUUUCUCAAGGUGGUCUGCAAAGAAUAAGUGGUGGAAUUAGCUCUUUAAAAAUAUAAACGUAAAAGAAAAACAUCUUUGUCUCCAGAUCUGAGGAUGACGGCUCCAAAGAUCUGAAUAGAGGGAGACAAUUUUGUUUUUGUUCUUCUAAGUGUAUCUCUUUAGUCGUGCAAAAGAGUGAAAGUGAACGCACCAUAACCAGCUUAUAAACGAAUGAAGUUUUCAUUCUUUUCUGCUGGCCCUGAAGCCACUAAAGCUAGCAGAUAUGGAUCAUUUUGACCUAUUACAUGGUAGCUAAAAGCAUCAAAUAAGCCAAAUCCAGAGGGCAGUACUCCCCAAAGACCCUUGCCCUAAAGUCAUAUAUCAAAAAACAUGCGUACAGUUAGAUCAUUUAUGUACAAUGUCACACCCUGAUUAUUGCAGUGAAGUGAAGCGAGAGAACACUUUUAUUACAGAAAUCAUGAACUUGAGGAGUAGCUGAACACUACUCAGUACAGAGGAUGAUGAAAACUUCUAAGGCCCCAUCUGAGAACAAACGUGUUGAAGAGAAACCUGGUCAUAGAUCUCACCACGUUGGACUUUGGUGAAAGAUAUUUUGAGAUGUAUUUUGGAAAGGCUACUGAUUUACAAAUUUAGAGGUUAUAUGUUGUACAUGCACUAUGAAAAUUGGCUCAAAGACAUUUUUAAUUUAUGAAAACCUGACAACCCAAGAGUAAUGUCUGUUGGUCGGACCUGAGUCCAGAGAACGCCUCAUGUUUUCUUGCUCUAGUUUUUUGGUUCUUUGUUGUUCUAAAGUCUUGAGCUUAUAGAAAAGUGAAACUGUCACAGAUAGUGCGUCAUGUGAAGGACAGAGCAGUUAGUUUGUUCUAUAACUUUCGUGAACUUUGUGUCUUAGUUUCAAUAUUCUGCACGUGUUGUAAGUUCUCAUUUCACAUGCUUUAGAUAGACACGUGAAGUUUUCUCGUACCUUGUUUUUAAUCGGUGUCUCUAAUUACUUGUGCACUGUACUGACCCUUGUUUUCCUUGUGAUCUAAACUACUUAGAUUUUCACAUCAUUGAAAUGCAUGACCCUAAAAUUGGUUUUAAAUAGUUAUGAUACCCCCCCCACACCCCACUGCCACUGAAAUGACUGUUUCAUCCAUCAGUUGCAGAGAGAACCUGGUAAAAGGUUCUCAGAGCCAUGGAGACAAAAAGCAACCACAAAGAUUUGAAUUUGUUUCCUCAACACAAGUUACUAGUGAGUGUUUUUUUAAUGUCCCCAGUUACCAACAAACUGAGGUCAGUUUGUGGCCAACUCCAGAUGUGGAGGUGACACAUCCCCAUCCUGUACAGGGCAUCAAUUUCAUAUAUAUUCCCUAAAUUCUUUAUGAAUCAUGUGUAGAAUAGUAGAUAAUCUGCUUGUUCUCUAUAUUUCUCUUACACCCUAUCCAGAUGACUAGUACUAGCUAGAUGCACAAGAUCAUUGACAUUUAGGUCUAACUUGAAAACACAAUAGCCUAUCACUGACCACCUCAUCCUUUACCAACAUAGUUUUGCAUGUCCUAUGACUGGAGGGUAACUUUUUGAGUUGGAUGUUUUCCUCUUUAUAUUUUUUUUUUCUAUGAUAAUCUUUAUUUGGCUUGUUGCUGUUUAAAACUGAACUGAAAACGUUGGCCACAUGGCUGCACCAUUUUGUUUUUCUUCCCACUAAUUGAUGUUGGUAGUUUGAAAAUAAUGCUCACAAAAAUCCUCCUGUUAAUCUUGGGACAUUAAAGUUUGCUUCUUUUUUUCUCCUUCAGUCUGA